GUUUUAAUAAAAAUAACAGCCCUAUUCUGAAAAAACCAAAACAAAAAUGGACACACAAAUGAAUAAUCAGCAUAUGCGUGCAAAAACGGAGCGGACAACUCAGGAGCAGCUGCAACAUUACGUAAUGUUUUGCAAGCAGCAUCCUGAGUUGCAACGGGCGAAACUAACUCCGACCAACCCUCAAGGGCUGCAAAUACUUUGGUCGGAGUUAGCAGAUAAUUUAAAUGCGUUAAGAGGCCCAACUCGGUCGGCAGCCAAGUGUAAGGAGUCAUUAAUGCAUUGGAAACACCAGUUGCGAUCGCGAGCGCGCAAACUUAAGACCCAUGCGCAAGCGACUGGUGGAGGCCCUCCGAUAAGUGGAAUGACUCCAUUCGAGGAGCAAGCCAUAACCACAUUUGGGGCAGCAGCGGUGGAUGGAUUGCCGGGUGUUGCGACUUUGGGUCAUCAGGUUUUGCCGUUGUAUAUAAAUACACAAGCUCCAGCUUCCUCGCCAACACCAACAUCGCCUGCUCCAGCACCCUCACUAGCAGUCGCAUCGCCUGCUCCAGCGCCAACACCAACAGUCGCAUCGCCUGUUCCAGCAUCUUCACUAGCAGUCACAUUGCCUGCUCCAGCUUUUCCUGCUUUAUCAGUAAAUUUUUCUUCCUCGCCUUCACCUCAUUUUUCUUCUUCACCAUCACCUCCAUCUUCUUCCUUAUCUCCUCCCAUAUUAUCUUCUCCCAUGCCAUCGUCUUCUUAUAUCCCUCCCGAAAAAUUGACUGCAGCGAAGAUGCUUGGAACAGUGCUAAAAAAAAUGGAGGACAGAGAAAAGCGAGAGGAGGAGGCCAUUGCUCUACAAAGAAAAAUUGUAGAGCAAAAUGUGCAGAUGGCAGAGGUGCUGGCUCAAAUGACACAGGCACUGACCUCGCUGUCUGAGGUUAUGGCCAAGUUGUCCCAAAAAUUGGAUAAAUAA